CAUACAUGCUACCUAAGAUAUUCAACUUGUAUGCGUAUCAAAAAUUUAUCCUAUAUAAACAACAUGAAUAGAGCAAUAGCAGAAAUUGAGUCACAAUAAAAAUAAAUAACUUUUCAUUCUUGAUUUUUCAUCUUUCAGAUCACCAUAUCAUCGUUAUGGCUAGAAAGAAAGUGGAGCUCAAAUAUAUAGCAAAUGAUUCAAAGAGGAGGGCAACACAAAAGAAAAGGAAAAGUGGUCUGAUAAAAAAGGCUGAUGAGAUUAGCACUCUUUGCGGGGUUGAUGCUUGUGCUAUAAUCUAUACCUCUGAUGAUCCACAGCCAGAAGUAUGGCCAUCGCCAUCAGGGGUGAACCGAGUGAUCUCUAGAUUUAAGGAGAUGCCUGAAUUAGAACAAAGCAAGAAAAUGAUGUCUCAAGAGAGCUUCUUGAGACAAAGGAUCCAAAAAGGCCAAGAUCAACUAAAGAAAUUAAAGAAUGAGAAUAGAAAGAAAGAAAUGAACAAUCUCAUGUUUCAAUCCUUAGGUGGCUACCAAUCCCUUGACAAUGCCACCAUAAUUGAUCUCAAUGAUCUUGCAUGGAUCAUUGAUCAAAAUAUCAACGAGGUCAACAAGCAAAUUAGCAAGCUUCAAGGGCAAGAAGGGACUAGUAGCAAUAAUAAUGGAGUAGCAACCAUCAAUGGAGAGCAAGCUCAAGUGGACAAUAUCAUCAAUGGUGGUGUAUUUCCAUUUGUGGAUAAUAUCAUCAAUGGAGAGCAAGCUCAAGUGGACAAUAUCAUCAAUGGUGGUGUAUUUCCAUUUGUGGAUGCUGCUAAUAAUUUCCAAAAUGAUUAUUGCCCAACCCCAUUCAAUCCUUGAAAAACAAACAAACCAACCAACCAUGCUUAGUGGGGUGUGCAAUGAUGAGUUUGUCCCAUGUGGGUUGAUUUUAAUGU